UACAACUAAAGAUAUGGCAAAUAUAUUUAGUAUGCAGCUCGUAUAUGUGCCAUGUGAACGCACGCCAUAAAACUCCUAGGAACAGCAACAUGCACAGUGAUGUUGCAUUGGGCGAGAGGUAGCUGCAUGCUGUGUAUAAAGCCAAGGGACCUCGAAGGAUUUUCAUCGGGCCGCGGCCGGGUACGUAGAGCUCUGCUGUAUGCUAUCGUGUUUUAGCUGCAGCCUCUGCUAAAAUGUUCGAGAGAAGCCAGAAAAAACACAAAUUACGCACGAAAAUUUCAGACAGGAGAAAGGAGAAACCCCAACCAGCCACUAGACAGUCUAGAUACCCGAAGAGAGCAGUGAGCCGCAAGUCCUACAACAAAGAACAUGUUCCCGAUGAUUCUGGAGUCUAUAGAUGUGAGUACUGUGGAUCACUCUAUGCCAUUCCUCUUGUUUUAGCGAAGCAUCUCAAGUACAAACAUGGACACUAUGGUAUCAUCCCACAGGCAGGUGCACCAAAGAAAGAUGUUCUACAGUUCAUCAAAGGAGAAAUCAGAAGUACUAAAAUAACCUAUGUAUGUGAUCAAUGUGGCAAAGCAUUUAAUCAAGCUGGUGAUCUCACAAAACAUGAACGCAUCCAUACAGGUGAGAAGCCCUAUGUAUGUGAUCAAUGUGGUAAGGCAUUUAAUCAUGAACCUAGUCUCACAACACAUAGACGCAUCCAUACAGGUGAGAAGCCCCAUGUAUGUGAUCAAUGUGGAAAGGCAUUUAAUCGUGAAGAUGUUCUCACAAGACAUAAACGCAUCCAUACAGACGAGAUGUCCUAUGUAUGUCAUCAAUGUGGCAAGGCAUUUAAUCAAGAACAUAAUCUCACAAGACAUAAACGCAUCCAUACAGGUGAGAAGCCCUAUGCAUGUGAUCAAUGUGGUAAGGCAUUUAAUCGUGAAUAUCGUCUCAAAACACAUAAACGAAUUCAUACAGGUGAGAAGCCCUAUGUAUGUGAUCAAUGUGGCAAGGCAUUUAAUGAAGAAAAUAAUCUCACAAGACAUAAACGCAUCCAUACAGGUGAGAAGCCCUUUGUAUGUGAUCAAUGUGGCAAGGCAUUUAAUCUUGAAAAUAGUCUCACAAGACAUAAGCGCAUCCAUACAGGUGAGAAGCCCUAUGUAUGUGAUCAAUGUGGCAAGGCAUUUAAUCUUGCAAAUAAUCUCACAAGACAUAAGCUCAUCCAUACGGGUGAGAAGCCCUAUGUAUGUGAUCAAUGUGGUAAGGCAUUUAAUCGUGUGGGUGAUCUCACAAGACAUAAACGCAUCCAUACAGGUAUGAAGCCUUAUGUAGUAUGUAGGUAUGUGAUCAAUGUCGUAUAGCAUUUAAUCAAGCCGGAAUCUAACAACACAUGUACGCAUCCAUACAGGUGAGAAGCCCUUUGUAUGUGAUCAGUGUGGUAAGGCAUUUAAUUGUGUGAUAUGUGUAAUGAUACUCUACGUAUAGGGCUUUAAAAGAUAAAGACCAGUUAUGGUCAUGCGAUUGCAUUGUGAAAGAAACGUUGUGGAAUCGAUCAGAAAAGGUUGAUCAUCUUUAAAGAUAA